AUGGUUGGAAACAUAUUCAUAUUCUCUCUCAUUGCCGGCGCUCUCGCCGCCCCCACUGAAGCCCAACUGGAAAAGCGCGCCUGCCCAGGCGUUCAUAUAUUCGGUGCACGCGAGACCACUGCAUCCGCCGGGUACGGCUCCUCCAGCACAGUCGUCAAUGGCCUUCUGAGUGCCUAUUCGGGAUCCACCGCCGAAGCCAUCAGUUACCCAGCAUGCGGCGGACAAGCAUCCUGCGGCAGCGUCAGUUACUCGAACUCAGUUGCUCAGGGAAUCGCAGCCGUUGCCUCAGCUGUCAAUACCUACAACAAAGAGUGCCCAUCUACCAAGCUUGCUUUGAUUGGCUACUCUCAGGGAGCGGAGAUCAUCGAUGCAGCUCUGUGCGGCGGCGGCGUCCCCAAUCAAGGAUAUACCAACACGGCAGUGCAGCUGUCAGCUUCUGCGGUGAAUAUGGUGAAGGCAGCCAUCUUCAUGGGUGAUCCAUUGUUCAAGGCGGGCUUGCCGUAUAAUGUUGGGACUUGUGCUGCUGGAGGCUUCGAUGCGCGUCCCGCUGGCUUCUCCUGCCCAUCGGCAAGUAAGAUCCAGUCGUAUUGUGAUGCCUCGGACCCAUAUUGCUGCAACGGUAGCAAUGCAGCGACUCACAACGGGUAUGGCAGCGAGUAUGGGUCGCAGGCUCUCACUUUCGCCAAGGGAAAAUUGGCUUAG